AUGCAGAGGUCGGCCGUCCCCUCGGACGCCGUGCCCUCCGGCUGGGCCUGCGCUCCAUCAGGAGGUGGAGCAAAGACAAGUCCAGCUCCAGUCUGUCCCAGAACGAGUACCUCACCAGUCCGAUACCGGAAGAACGAGUCCCUCACCAGUCCGACCCGGAAGAAAGAGUACCUCACCAGUCCGACCCGGAAGAACGAGUCCCUCACUAGUCCGACCCGGAAGAACGAGUCCCUCACCAGUCCGACCCGGAAAGAGGGAUACUUCACCGACAGACUCGGCCUGAGACUCGGACUGAGACUCGGCCUGAGACUCGGCGUGAGACUCGGCCUGAGACUCGGCCUGAGACUCGGCCUGAGACUCGGCCUGAGACUCUGCCUGAGACUCGGCCUGAGACUCGGCCUGAGACUCGGCCUGAGACUCUGCCUGAGACUCGGCGUGAGACUCUGCCUGAGACUCGGCCUGAGACUCUGUGGAGCAAAGACCAGGCCAGGUGAGAACCCCAGGCCAAACCCCGGGCCAAACCUCAGCUCAAAUCCCAGGCUAAACCCCAACACAAAAGGGUCAUCUUCAUCCCAUUCUGCUUUGUGCAGCUCCAGUCCGUCCCAGAACGAGUACCCCACCAGUCAGCCCCGGAGGAACGAGUACCCCACCAGUUCAACCCGGAGGAACGAGUACUCCACCAGUCCGACCCGGAGGAACGAGUACCCCACCAGUCCGACCCGGAGGAACGAGUACCCCACCAGUCAGCCCCGGAGGAACGAGUACCCCACCAGUCCGACUCGGGGAGAGGCGUACUUCACUGACAGGUACUGA